AUGUUGAAGUAAGGGAUGCAAUCAUAGAGAAGGCAACAUUGUGUAAAAAGCAAAAAAAAUUUGAAGAUGUAUAAUCGAAUGAUAAUUACUUUAGGCCAUCAAAACUUACAUUGAAACCUUAUCCAAAUCUGUUGGAAUUGGUAAAAAAUGGAUGUUCAUUUUCUUAUAUUCUAAAUCAUUUAAAAUAAAGGAAUCUUGAAAAACUUAAAGAUCAUUUGAAUUAAUAAUAGGCAUAACAAAAUUAGGGUGGCGAUUGGGAGAGAAAGAAUAAGCUCAAAAUAUAUGAAAGAAUAUAUGGUCUAAUGAUUAGAGACAUCUAAAAGCUUGCAAAUUAUUUUUAGAAUCUUUUCAAUUGUUAAUUCAUAAGAAAUUAUCUCUUAUGA